AUGAGCGUGCGAAAAGCUCACAACUCGGGACGAAACCAUCUCCGAAACGUGGUUGAAUACUACCAACAAAUCGGCCAUGAAAAAGCUCAAUCAGUGAUCGACUCGAUUACGAGUUCCUACGCUGCCGAGGGCCAAGUGAAUCCCAUGCUACAGCACCCUGGCGCUCCCGGGUCGCUACCACCACCGCCGUUUGGAAUAAUGCCUGGACGACCGGGUCAGCUGCCACCUCCGCCAUUCGGUAUCCCACCGCCAGGCGCGCCGGGUGGACUACCUCCGCCAGGAACCCGUGGCAUGCCCCCCUUCCCAUUUCCCAACGCUGCCGGAGGACCACCCGCAGGACCCGGUCAAUCUGGCACACCACCAACCGGUCUUCCAGCCGGAAUGCCUCCUCCUCCACCAGGCGGACUGCCCUUCCCACCCCCCGGCGGAUUCCCAGCAAAUUUCCCACCGCUGCCUGGCUUCCCCGGUGGUCCAGCGCCGCCGGGUGGACCUGGUGGUGCUGGCUCAAGUAUUUCGCCGCCUCCGGGAGGGUUUCCAGGUCCUGGGAUGUACGGGCCUCCAGGCGGGGGAGAUAGGCGGUGA